CACAAGCCGAAUACCUGGCAGAAGAUUAGAGACGGAGAUCCUAACGAUAUCUAGCUAGCUGGUACUCAGGCCUUACAGAUUCAGGAAUGCGGGAAUGUCAAGGUGACACUUGAUACUCCAACUGGUGAAUGACGAAUGGCGAUUACCUGGGUGGCCUACAUUCCUACGUUCUUCAUCUUCACAUCAGUUGUAUCACUAUCACGCUGCCGAACAGUUGGCCUAGAAUUCGAUUCAGGACGCAGUUGUCUUUACCUGAACACUGCUCCAUCAGAUGUGUUCUGUCUAUUAAACGAACAAGGUGGUCAUUGUAUUAUUCGAUUCGAACAAGGCGCCUAGACCGAACGCGUCAGAGUCGUACACUUUCGCAGUACAAGCAAAGCCAGUCAAACCAAGCCGAACAGAGCAUCAGACUCUAGAAGUAUCACCAGCAGCUGCUCAUCAGAUGUUAGUUCACGCAGGACAACGCGCAAUUGAACACCUCGAACAGGCCGUUGAUGGCAUCAAGUUCACUAACGGGCCUGAGGCCCCAAAGUGGAAAGAAUGCGAAGAAUGUAUCCACUCUAAGUUGUCAAAGAUGAUUAGCCGCCGCCCUCAACGCGAACCUGCUACCCGCCCCUUUCAACAAAUCGGCGUCGACCUGAUACAAUUGAGGAAGACGGGCGAGGGCUGCUAUAAUGGGGACAAAUGGCUGCUGCAUCUCGUAUGCCAGUUCUUAAGGUAUCAUCUUGGCAGAACGAUCAAAGAGAAGAAGAAGGGCACACUAACCCAAGUAGUGAAGGCCUUACUAGCUCGGAUACGUGUCCAGCACAACGCGAUGGUU